AUGGCUUCUAGAGAUUUGCCUCGCUCUGUCAGCGACCUUUUCCUUGGUUGGACCAGACACUUGGGCAAUGAAAUCACUUUGAACAAGUCUAAACAGCAAUUGUUCGACGAUGACAUGCAACCAGAUGGAGCUGAAAAAGAAAAGGACGUCAAGGCAAGAAACUUAUGGCCAGCCUUCUGUUCUGGUGCCGGUCUCUUUUCCGAUGGUUAUGUUAACAAUUCGAUCGGUACGGUGUCUUAUGCCUUAAGCAGGCUCUACGAGGAUGAGUAUGAAAAUUCUACUGCUAUAUCCAACGUUGGGUCAAUUGCCUUCGCUGGUACGGUGGUUGGACAAUUGGGAUUUGGAUACAUAUCUGACAGAAUAGCCAGAAAAGGAGGAAUGAUGAUUGCCAACGUCAUGUUGAUCAUUUUUGCUCUCUUGUGUGCUGUUGCUACUUGGGGUAAAAAUCCGCAAGGAUUGUUUGCUGCCCUCACUGUAUUCCGUUUCUUCUUGGGUAUAGCUAUCGGAGCUGAGUAUCCUACGGCUUCUGUUAUUGCCUCAGAGUUCGCCAACCAAUUGCCAGCCGGAAAGAGAAACAGAUACUUCGUGUGGUUCACCAAUUCCAUGAUCGACUUUGGAUUUGUUGUUUCAGCAUUCGUUCCUUUGGUACUCUUGUGGAUCUUCUCCGACAGACAUUUAAGGGUCAUCUGGAGAUUGACCCUUGGUUUAGGUGCCAUUCCUCCUUUUGCCCUUUUCUUCAUGAGAUUGAAAAUUGCCGACUCCGAGUCGUUUCAGAAGUUGAAUAUGAAGAAGGUCAAGAAGUACCCUUACUGGUUGAUCAUCAAGUUCUACUGGUUCAGAUUGAGCGUUAUCUCGUUGAUCUGGUUCAUCUACGAUGUGUCGGCCUACUCAUUCAGUAUCUACUCCAAUUUCAUGAUUGGCCGCAUUACUGACGGCGAUAUCUAUAAGACUUGGGGUUGGAACGUUGUGUUCAACUUGUUCUACAUGCCUGGUUCCUUCUUGGGUGCCAUUGCAGCCGAUUAUAUUGGUCCUAGAUUAACGUUAGCACUUGGUGUAGGCUUGCAGGGUAUCAUUGGUUUCAUCAUGGCUGCCUGUUACCCAAGCUUGAAACAUCAUGUUGGUGCUUUCGUAGUAGUUUACGGUAUCUUCUCCACUUUGGGUGAAUUCGGUCCUGGUGAUAACAUCGGUUUGUUAGCCUCCAAGACUAGCGCCACUCCUAUCAGAGGUCAAUACUAUGGUAUAGCUGCCGCAGUGGGCAAAAUUGGUGCUUUUGUAGGUGUCUAUAUUUUCCCAGUUAUCAUUAGGAAUGCUGGUGGAAAAGACACAGACAGUGGUAACCAGGCACCAUUUUAUGUUUCUUCAGCCUUGUGUAUAUUCUCUGCUAUCUUGGCACUUUUCUUCUGUCCCUCUGUCGGCCAGGAUGCCAUUAACAAGGAAGAUGAAGACUUUGUCGCUUACCUUCGGAAGAAUGGUUACGAUGUCGGCCAAUUGGGUGCUGGAGCCUUGGAGGAAACAUCGUUUGAGGAGGUUGAAUAUGACGACAAGACAAAGAAGUCAUCCGAAGUCGUCAGAGUCCAGGAAAAGAGCUAUUAG